GGGUGAUAUGCGGUAAUAAUUCGAGGAAAUUAUCUUAUUUAUAUUGCUUCGGCAGUGCCUCGAGAUAGUUGAAAGUUAGAAGGUAGGAAAAGCUCGAGUAAUAUGGAUAAUGGAAGAAGAAAAGAUUCACCUUUACGUUAUCAAGACGCGAAAGCCAGCUGCGUCGGGAAGGCAAGUGAAGCCGCCGGGGGAGAAAAUAAUGGUAGAUUCGAGGUCGAGGAGCAACCCGAAGAGAAUUACGUCUCGUCGUUGACGGUGCUGCUAAUGAAAUCUAGUCAGGGGAACGGUCAGCGACAGCGCAUCAAACCGCCAACGCAGAUCGAACUCGAGCGAAGCCAGCCGAACGCGAUCCGGGAUGCCGAUCCCUGCCCUUCGACUCUCGACCUCGUUAAUACAGCCUUAUCCUCGGAGCUCCUCGUGGAGGAACGCGACCCACCGCUCACUGAUAACGAUUACGAGGACGAGGACUUUAAGAAAUGCUCAAAUAACAUCUCGAACGACAGCGACAUUAUCUUCGUCGAGAACAAUCCAGCAGCAUUAGAGAAGACCAUCAACUUGUCGAGCGACGAGGACGUUUUAGCCGACGUCAUUGUAUUAAAAGACAAUGAAUCGACGUUGUUCCGGAAGAGGAGCUUUAAAAAUGUGAGCUAUGUCGAUUAUAAUUCGCCGAUAACAAACGAGGAGGAAGACGUCGGGGAGGAUUAUGGUGUACCGGAGCCCAUUCGUAACGUCAGCCUCGACCUUGUGAACCCGUUGGAUUUGUCGUUGCCUCUAUCUUAUAACGAAGACAAGUCCAAUGUUGAGCGGGCGAAUCAGUCUUUACCAGAAGAUUUUCUCGAUAGUGUGAUAAUAGAAUCGCCAAAGAAAACAACUACAUCAAGAGUCAUGAAUGAUGUGCCUGAACCGCCGCGAUACAAACUUCGGGAAGUCGAUAUAUUUGAUGAAGAUGAUGGCAUACUUCGUCAUGAAAUAUUGAAGCAUCAUUUAUUUCUUGAAGGUAGACUCGAGGAAUCCACGGCUCUCCGAAUUAUUAAUCAAGGAGCAGAAAUUUUUCGAAAAGAGGAAAAUCUGAUUUAUGUUAAGCAACCGAUUACCGUUUGCGGCGACAUUCACGGGCAAUUUUAUGAUUUGAUGAAAUUAUUUGAUACGGGUGGAUCGCCGACUUGCACAAGUUAUCUCUUCCUCGGGGAUUACGUAGACCGAGGAUAUUUUGGUAUUGAGUGUGUAUUGUAUUUAUGGGCUUUGAAAAUUUCCUAUCCAGACACAUUCUUUCUUCUUAGAGGUAACCACGAGUGUCGCCAUCUUACAAAUUUUUUCACGUUCAAGGAAGAAUGCUACGUGAAGUACUCGAAAGCAGUUUAUGAUGCCUGUAUGAAUGCUUUUGAUUGUUUACCAUUGGCGGCGAUUUUAAAUAAACAAUUUUUCUGCGUACACGGAGGAUUAUCGCCAGAAAUUCGUGAUCUAAAAGACAUAAAAAAAAUUUUUAGAUUUGAAGAGCCACCAUCACACGGUGCUUUUUGCGAUAUGAUUUGGUCCGAUCCAACCGAACACUUUGGAAAUGAAGGGAACAAUGAAUUUUAUUUGCAUAAUAGUACCCGAGGAUGUUCAUACUUUUAUAGUUACGCGGCUUGCUGCGAUUUUUUACGGCGCAGCGGUUUGGUAGGCAUCAUUAGAGCGCACGAAGCGCAGGAUUCCGGAUAUCGAAUAUAUCGUUCCACGGAAAAUGGUUUCCCUGCACUAAUAACAAUCUUUAGCGCUCCCAAUUACAUUGACAUUUAUAAUAAUAAGGCUUCAAUCUUAAUAUACGAGAACAACCUGCUAAAUAUCAAACAAUUUAGGUAUUCGCCGCAUCCAUAUUGGUUACCAAAUUUAAUGAAUGUUUUCACAUGGUCUUUACCUUUUAUCGGUGAAAAAUUGACGGAGAUGUUACAUGCAAUAUUAAUUAUAUGCUCGGACGAGGAGCUCGAAAGUCAAGAAACCGAGAAAUCUGGAGAUGGUAACACGGCCAACGCCCGCAAGGACGUCAUACGCCACAAGAUAAAAGCGAUCGGGAAAAUGGCCCGGGCGUACGCCGUCCUCAGAGAGGAGAGUGAAAGCGUGCUGAUGCUGAAGGGACUGACGCCGAGUGGCUCCCUACCGCUUGGAGCUCUCGCCGGUGGCAGGACGUCCUUGAGGAGCGCCCUGCAAAAACAUCUGACGUUCGAGGAGGUAAAAAAUUUAGAUGCCAUUAAUGAGAAAAUGCCACCUCAAAGUGAUUUCAAUGCGUCAACGGCAAAUCCAAAAUAUGCACUCCGAAAUAGAACGACUGCCGCGGUAAUGGAGAAAAAGAAUCCAAAUGCGCAAAACUCGCACGCCAAGAAAGAUUCUCCUCGCCUUGAUUCGAUCACGUCGGCAACGAAGAGGAACGACUUAUCUCGGAAAAAUUCGAUCACUUCGUCAACGAAAAAGGCAAAAGACACGACAUCAAAUAAUCCACCAGCAAAGAAAAAAUGGAAUUGGACUAAUGACAAUAGUCCUCAACCAGAACAUCAAAUGCCUUCCGUAUUAAAAAAAAUCAAUAUUCCGCAAACAUCCAGGACUUCGAAGAGCUCAUCGGAGAAUGUAUCGCGUGCUUCUCCUACUAAUUCUAGAAGCCCAAAUCCAGCAGGUACACCAUCGUGUUCUAGAAAACCUUUAUCACUUGUCAAGGCAUGCAGUGUUGUUGUAGAACGUUUAAACACGGUAAAAAAUCUGGGAUUUGCUUAUCUUCAGGGACAACGUGCAAUCGAAUCACCAAAAACAUUAGCUGAAAAGAAUAAAAAUGCACGUCAUAAGAUUGUAGGUAAAUCAAAGAUAAGUCCGGCCAAAGAGAACGAAAGUUAUUUAGAAAUGUCUGUACAAUAA